AUGGGUUUCAAUCCUCAAUCGGGUGAGAGUUAUUGUAAAUAUUGGAUCAUACAAAAAUAUUCGUUUGACGUCAUAGAUCUAUAUCUUAUGGCACAUGCAUCAAUUGAACGUUAUCUGUUAAUAUUUCAUCGGUGUACCAUUAAUAGACAUAUAUAUCUCUUGCACUACUUACCAAUUACCAUUUCUAUUAUAUAUCCAGUACUAUGGUACAUUGGUGUCAUACUAAUUUAUCGAUGUGAAAAUCAUUUUAAUCGUGAACAAUUGGUUUGUGGAGGGGCUUGUUAUCAAUUUGAGACGUUCUUGGGAACAUUUGACUGGAUUCUUAAUUGUACUCUUCCAGUCGUCAUUCUCACAAUUGUCAAUAUAAUUCUUAUUGGACGUGUUUUGUACAUGAAGUCGAAAAUGCAACGAACAUGGAAAAGUAAUUUGAAAAUGCUCGUACAAUUGGUAUCAAUAUCACUUUUAUAUAUCCUUACGUGGCUACCAUACUCGGUAUUGGGAACAAUUAGUAUAUUCUGGACAGAAACAAUAUUCAAUGACAUUGUUUUUGAAUAUUUAGGAUUUUUACCAUAUAUCGUUGUUCUCAUUUGUCCAUUUGUAAGUUUACUUGGUUUACCAGAAAUGCAAGAACGUUUACACAAGUGGUGGUAUCGAAAAGGACAUGUAGUAAGACCAACGCAAGAUACAAUGAAUUUACCGGCAGUCAAUACCAUCACACAUGAAUAA